GGGAACGGAGCGGCCGCUGGGAACGGAGCGGCCGCUGGGAACGGAGCGGCCGCUGGGAACGGCAACGGAAACGGCGCGGCUGCGAAGGAAAGCCAGAGCCAGAGCGCUGCAAAACCGAGUCCCGCGACGCGCAUGCGCGAGCGGAUGCGCUCGGGCUCCGUGUCGAGCUCUCAGGGAAGUCACAAAGGCGCGCGCAAGCCCCCCGCGACGAACCCCCCGCCUGAGCACGCCUCGUCCACAGACUCACAUGGGGAUCACGAGAGCAUCGAGGAGGGCCUCUUCGAGAUGCAGCAAUCGGUGUCGGACUUGAUCGCGCCCAGCCCGCCGGCCUCUGACGCGGUCGUGAGCCCCGGGCCGGUGAGUGCGGGUGGGAGGACGAGUUCGAGGCGAUCAAACACAUCAAGUCUGUCCCAGGCGAAUGGCCGCCGGACGAGGCGGACGAGCUCGUCGCUCUCUGGCGCCGCGACAGGGCUGGAUAUCAAUGUCACCGACUUGCCCAGCAUCCCGUCCCUCGCAGACUCGGAGCCCGGCUAUGGCGUCUCCCCAACGUCCUCGUCCUCGUCGACAGGCUCGAUCCCGUCCCUGACGGGGGCGAACAGUACUGCAUCCUCAGGGCUGUCUGCCAUCCCUGAGUCCCCGGCGACCCCAGUGAGAAGCUCGGUGGAGAAGGGCAUCACUGAUGCGCUGAAGGAACAGGAGCAGGUUCGGCGCCGCUCGAAGAGGGAGAGCGUCGUCCUUGGCUCGCCGCGCACACCCCGUCGCCAGUCGUCGAUAUCCACGCCCUCAUCGGCAUCUCCCCCCACAGCCCACUCUGGGAACGUCAAGAUGGGCGCCUCGCCGUCGAUUGGCCAGGUGCUCGACCGUGUCAGUGUGAGCGACGCGGAAGCCGUGCCGCGGAGGCUUCGGUCAAAGUAGCCCCCCCAAAUUCUACUACCUCAUGGGACAUGCUCUUCACAUACAUAUUCGUUAUAAUUGUACGUGCUGUCUAUAAUUCCUCGCUUUGUGGUAUGCUCGCGCUGGUUACCAGAUCAGACGCUCCUAUGAUACUUGCACACCCACACACACUCUGGUACUAUACAUUCCUCCGAGCCUCAUAUUGCCGGGUAUACAUACGCCUCUGCAUACUAGCAUAAAUAGAUCCUUCGUUGUGAAUCAUACAUUAGCAUAUACAUGUAUCAAUUCCGAUGUUCCCUACCUACCACUACAUUCAUACCACGGAAAUUAUAGGAUGUCUCAUUAUCUUC